GUACUUAGGUACUUAGGGUAAGUAAAGGAGAGCCGAAUGACAGUACAAAAUGGACGAUUCAAUGUCAUCUGAAUCUCCUGCAGGUCCGUCCCGUCCUACCCCUUUUCCACCGUACCAGACCCCCACAACCGCUGUGGGUUUAGGACUUAACCCUCCUCAACCGUUCCCAACUUCCUUCCCUAGUCCCGGCCCCGUUCACGUUCAACCUAUGCAAGGUGAUCCUUGGGCCAUCCAUCGUAUUCCUCCUGAACCGCCAACGAGUCCCAUUCCCGCUGAGGAGCAACAUGGAGAACAAGUUGGGGAAGAGGGAGAGGGAGCGGAGGAAGAAGAAGAAGAGGCGAUGUCAGAAGGUAGUUCAGCGGAAUAUGACCCAGAGACGAAUCCUGAAGAAUGGGCGAAUAGGUUAGAUGAGCUAGCUGGAGUCUUAGAAGUAGGUGAAGAAGAGGCCAGGGCGAUAAGAUGGGGUCCGGCAUUAGGACAGGACCGAAAUGUCCCAGAUCUACCACUCGAGGAAUUCAAAGCUCUAAUCAACCAUCAUCUCACCACCACCGAAUGGCGUUACACUCCAAACCCUACAAUGUCAUUCG